AUGAUGAAAUAUUUCCAAAAAGAAGGACUAUCAUCUUUAUCGUUGACACAGAAAAGAUCUUUUCUAGUUGAAAAAGAUAUUAAAACUAGGAAGAUAUUUAUUACGAAGGAAAACUUUAAACAUAUUUUCCUACUAGAAAAUGUUGAUAUUAUUGCCGGCUUGUGUUUUAUGAACAUAUUUCUUUUUAUAUGUUCAGGUUUAAAAGAAGAUGAAAAUCAAGGAAAUAUUACAACAAAUAUUCAUGGAACUUUAUUUAUUAUAAGUUUAAUUUGUUAUUCUAUUGAAAAAAUUAUUCCAUUUUCAUUUUGUUCAGAUUUUUUAUUUAUCUUUCUUCUUUCUUUAUCAUGUACAUUACCAUUUUUAUCAUUUGAAUUAAAAAAUAAUUAUAAUGAUUGUUUUAAUACUAUUGUUUUUUUCCCUUUAUAUGUCUUAUUGUUUUUUACUAGAUACCAUAUAAGAUUAUUAUUCGUUUUAUUAAUAUUUUAUAUACUUAUCAUAUUUAUUAUAGACUUAUCCAUUAAUACAAGCAUAAUUUACUCAUAUAUACUCAUGUUCCUUCUUUUUACUCUAUGUUUCAAUUUUAUUUUCUAUCGUUAUUUAUAUUAUUUCUCUAGAACUAUUUAUAUAUCCACAUCCUCUCCUUAUAAUAUGUUAUUAAUAUUCCCUUAUAUUAAUGAAAUACAAGAUUUAAGCUUCAUAAAAAUGGCUGAUAUUCUCUUAGACUUAAAUAAUUAUAUAAAUAUAAAAUGGAUGUACUUUACACAACAUCUAUCAACUAUCAAUUUAAAUAAUCCACAACAUAUAAAAAAUUUGAAAAUUACUUCCACCAGGUUCUCAAACAAAUUUUAUACACUCAAAAAUCAAGAUAUCUUCAAAAAUUAUCCACCAUAUUUCUGCCUAAAAGUUCUCUAUCAUAAAAAAUUACAUUUUAUCUCCUCAGCUAUUGAUAAAAAAAAAAAAAAAUGGACCAAAAUGAAUUUCAACAGAAAAAAAAUCAACUUGUGCUUCUUGCUAGAUAUCAUUAAUAUACAUAAUAAUUAUGAUAUAAAAAAUAUAAAUCAUAUUAUAGCUAGCCAAAAUAAUAAAGUUAGAAAUAAAAAUAUUAACAUGACUCACCAAAAUGAUGAUACAAUAAAUAAAAAAAAUAUUUACCUGUCUAUCCAAAAUAAUAACAUAAAAGAGGAAGAAAAAAUUAACAGACGGAAUGAUAAACGCAUCAAACGUAGCAAACAUAUAAGCAGAAAUAAUCAAAAAAAUGGUACCCUAUUUGUAGAAAAUAACAAUAAUAAUAAUAAUAAGAUGAAGAAGAAGAAAAAAAACACAAAGAGAGAACAGAUAAUUACACAAUCUGAAUAUGACACAUUUCAUCAAAUCAAUUCAACCAAAAUAAAAAAAGAAUAUAAACCAUAUAUUAAACAUGAUGAAAUGGAUGGAGUUUCAAACAAAAUAUAUAUUGUAAAGGAUUUCUUCUCUUCAUAUAAUUGUGAUCAUUCUAUCAAGGAAAAAACUAAGAUUAAUAGUAUAAAAACCAAAAAUAAGAAAAAAAUAAAGGAUAAUUUUUUCAAAACUAAUCCUAUAUCCAAAGACAAAUAUGAAACAAAUUUUGAGUCAAAUUAUGUGAACAAUCUAACUAGUCAUAAUAAAAACAAUAUGGAAGAAAAAAAAUUAAAAAUAGAUCAACUUUAUGGAAAUAAUUUAAAAGAAAAAAAAACCCUAGAUGUUGAUAAAUAUAAUAAAAAGAAGAAAUGCCAUAAAGUCAUUAACACACAUAAAAAAAAUAUAAUAACAGACAAAAUAUAUACAUUUGCAAAUAUAAAUGAUGAUCAAAAAGAUGAUAAUAUUUCUAUUCAUAAAAAGAAAAAUAAAAAGUAUAUCACAUUAUCAAAACAUGGUUUACCAUUCAACAUAGAAGAGAAUAAUAUGAAGGAAGAAUUAAACAUACAAUUUAAUCAAUCUAAUAAAAAGACAAAUAAUAUAAAAGAAAAAUGUUAUGAUAUAAAUAAUUAUGAUUACAAUUAUACAUUUAAAGAAAAUUAUAAUGAUACCGAUAAUAGCCAAAAAUUACAAAAAAAAAAUAAUACAAAAGAUAUUUUUGCGAAUAUUAAAAAAUAUAAAAAUAAGAAAAAAAAUGUAGAUCAUAGUAUAUAUUCUAAUGAUUAUAUAUUCAAUAAUUUAUAUAAUAUAGAUAAUGUGUUGUCUUAUAAAAACAUUCUAACAAAUAGAAAAAGAACACGAACUAUAACCAAUUCGGAUAUGUAUUCAUCAGAAACAUCAUAUACUCAAUCUGAUGAAAUAUAUGGAAAAAAUAUUUUUUUCAUAAACUUUUCUUGUUUAUUUUAUAUAUUCAUGCAAAAAAUAAAACAUCUUAUAAAAUACAUUGAAGAAAUAAAUUCAGUUGUCCAAUGUGUUAAUUUUAAACAAGGGAUAGGACCAAAAAGAAGUAUACUUUUAUCUUUUCUUGAUCAAAAAACUGAACGAUAUUAUAUUAUGUGGUCAAAUUCAUAUGAUUUAGUAUAUUAUGUUGAUAAUUAUAUAUAUCAUAUAAUAUUAAUUCUGACUUUUCAUCUUUUUUGUCUCUUUUUAAGAAUAGUUCCGAUACACAUUACUCAAACAUAUUUUUUAUUUAAAAUGAAAUCCUUUUUAAUAAUCUUUAUGUUCAGAUUUUUCCUUUCUCUAGUAAUUAUCUUGAUUUUUAUAUAUCCUGUAUUCAGGACUAUCUCAAUUAACCCUCGAAAUGUUUUCAAAAUAAAAAUGAACUUUUUUAUCAUUUCCAUAUUUAUAUUAUUUUUGAGCAUAUUUGAUUAUAUCUGGACAAUAUUUAUUAUUCAUAAAAAUUGGUGGACCAUAAAAAAAGAGUCAUUAUAUCGUCUGGAAGGUGUUUAUAAAAAUAUCCUUUUUUCAUAUGCGCAAUUUUUUGUUGUGUUUCCUAUAUAUUAUUUUCUUACUCUACACAGAUUAAAAAAUGUGUGGUAUAUAUAUAUCAUUUUUAUUUUUUCUAUAUAUAUAAUAUAUUGGCAUUAUAUUGGGGCCUUCCUACUAGGUUUAAAAUUGAAUAUGUCUUUAAUUGUUCUACUAAUAAUAUCUAUAUUAUUUAUUAUCAGACCAUUCGAAAUAGUAAAACGAGAUAUAUUUUCAAAGUGUGUAUUACCCUAUAUAUUAUUUCUUGAUGAUAUAUUGCACUUCCUUUCUGAUGAGAAGAAACUCACAUAUGUGACAACAAAUAUAUAG